AAGUAUAUCAUAAGGGUUGAAAUGGUGUUUUUUUUUAUUUUUAUUUUUUAUUUUUAUUAUUUCUUCUAGAAUGAAACUAUAUUGGAUCCAUCUCCUGUCAGUCUUCUCCAUCCCCAUUGGCCCUCCCCAAAUUCUCCGUUUCUCUCUUAUCCGAAGGAGUACUGAGAUCCUAUGAUGGCGUCGACGAUGGCGACUUUGCCUUUCAAUAUUGGGACGAGCAAGGGUUUUGAAUGCCCCAACUAUGCGGGUUUGAGACCGUCGGUGAAUUGGAAUUUCGUGUGCGUUCGGCCCGUGAAUGGAGGAGCAUCGAGUGGCCGCCGCCGAUUGUUUGUUGUUAGAGCGAGCGAGACGCGGGAUGGACAGAUGGAGAAGAUUGGUCUGAGCGUGGAGGAAUGCGAGGCUGCCGUGGUGGCCGGGAAUGCGCCCCUAGCUCCCCCGGUGCCGCCUAAGCCGGCGGCGCCUGCUGGAACACCUGUGGUGCCUUCGCUUCCACUUAAUAGGCGCCCUCGUCGUAAUAGGAGAUCUCCUGCAUUGAGAGCAGCAUUUCAAGAAACAAGCUUAACGCCUGCAAAUUUUGUAUAUCCACUUUUUAUCCAUGAAGGCGAAGAGGACAUGCCUAUUGGCGCUAUGCCUGGAUGUUAUAGGCUUGGUUGGAGACAUGGACUUGUCGAAGAGGUGUCAAAAGCCCGCGAUGUUGGUGUUAACAGUAUUGUGCUUUUCCCAAAAGUUCCCGAUGCUUUAAAGUCGCCCACCGGAGAUGAAGCUUAUAAUGAGAAUGGGUUAGUGCCUCGUGCUAUAAGGUUGCUAAAAGACAAGUAUCCUGAUCUUGUUAUCUACACUGAUGUUGCCUUGGAUCCAUAUUCUUCUGAUGGGCAUGAUGGCAUUGUCAGAGAAGAUGGAGUUAUCAUGAAUGAUGAGACUGUGCAUCAAUUAUGUAAACAGGCAGUUGCACAGGCCCGGGCAGGAGCAGAUGUUGUCAGUCCCAGUGACAUGAUGGAUGGCCGUGUAGGAGCAAUUCGAGCAGCUCUUGAUGGUGAAGGUUUUUCACAUGUGUCUAUCAUGUCAUAUACAGCAAAGUAUGCAAGUUCGUUCUAUGGUCCAUUUCGUGAAGCACUAGACUCAAAUCCACGAUUUGGAGAUAAGAAAACUUAUCAGAUGAAUCCAGCCAACUAUAGAGAGGCUUUAGUUGAGGCCCAUGAAGAUGAGUCUGAAGGAGCUGAUAUCCUUCUGGUAAAACCGGGUCUGCCUUACUUGGAUAUCAUCAGGCUUCUGCGUGAUAAAUCUCCUUUGCCAAUUGCUGCAUAUCAGGUAUCCGGUGAAUACUCGAUGAUUAAAGCUGGUGGCGUUCUGAAAAUGAUUGACGAGGAAAGAGUCAUGAUGGAGUCGUUGAUGUGCCUGCGGCGGGCUGGUGCGGACAUCAUUCUCACUUAUUUCGCUCUACAAGCUGGUAGAUGUUUAUGUGGUGAGAACUGAUCAUAGAAUUAGAGCUUUGCCAAUAUGACGCCUACACCGUCGAAUAAGGGUGAAGUGUUUUGAACGAAAUGCUUGACAAUUGUGAUUUCGGUGUCAGUUAUAUUUGUUCAUCUUUGUCCCAAUGUAAGAGUGUCUUUGUUUCAUGGAACAAUGAAAAUGAGGUCAAAACCCUCCCCCAAAGAUUAUGCUCGUUUAGUUAGUUACCUUGUAAAAGUAGUAAUUUUUAAAAUCUUCUUUACAAUAAUAGUUCUACGGCCAGAUCCCCCCAGAUAUAUUAUAUUA